AUGUCCCCUCAGUCCGUCGCCAUCCCGGCCGGCCCUUUACUGGCCGAACUCCCUAAUCUUUGGAAAAAGCGUUUCGACAAGAGACAUCUUUCCACCAACCCGGUGAUCGCCACCCUUGAUAUCGAAUAUAACGAAUUGGUCCAGUCAUGGAAACGCUUCCAGGAUCACCUCCCCCCAGACGAUCACGUCUGCUUUCACGAACGCCUACAAGGUCCCGACGAUGUCUUAGAGGUCGUGAGCCGCAUCGAGCCGGUCUGGACAUCCACGUCGGGACUGCGAGUGCUGCGGGAAUGCUGUGACGAGUUUCGUUCCACCCUGGGCUCACACGUGGGGUUAUUGACCGCCCUCCCCAAAAACGAAUUGUACGGUUCCAUCUUUUACAGCGUGCUGCAGUCCCUUCUGAAGGCGUCCGCCGGUUAUCCGAGAAUCAUGGAAGGAUUGGUACAAGCACUGGUUCAGAUCAACCGGUCCAUUGGUCCACCAGCACGGGGCGACAGAAUACCUCUCUCGAAAGACUCAAUCAACACCAUUGCACGCUUCUACGCGCUACUGUUUUUCUUCCUCGGAGAGUUGAUGGACUGGUAUGUGCGCAAGUCCAUCUGUCGACUGCUCCAGAGCCCCAAACACGACCUGUACCGCGAUUUCCAAAGCCUCGUGUGUCAUAUCCGACGCAGCGCGAAAGACAUGAUGUAUAGCUUGAGUGAUAACAUGGACCUGGAUGAUGGCGACUGUGAUAGCUUGUGUGAUAUGAACAGUGAUCACUAUCUCCAGAGUUUUGAGCAAGCUCGAUUGGGCCAAGUGGGUCUUCAGAAAAUGGACCGUCGGUUGGCGGCACAGAAUGCCCUGACGCGUCAGUUGCUCUGGGAAAUCCAUCAAGAUGCGGCGGAGCGCAAGCGGUUGCUCAAGGAACGAGACCUUCUCCUGACGCAACUGCUAGACACUGUCAGUCUGCAGCUACAGUCCGUGAGCAAACAAAACAGCGGCAUUGCCUGUUUGACCACGACAGCUUCACAGGACUUAGGUAGGGACGCCAGGUUCACGUGGCCCGAACUGCUUGAGGAGCUGACCGUGCAUGCAUUACAAGACACAGACAGGUUCAACCUGAUUGGAGAGGGACACAAGCACAAGUACACACGCAUGGAGCUGCAGCUGGCGUCCCGUCAUCUCGAAGACUUCUUUGAUUCCGACGACCAGACCCCCGAUCUAGACCCCGAUGUCCCGGUGAUUGCCGAAGAAAAUGUCAUGACCUCCUUGAACCAAUGGGCAACGGAUGCGCACUCGCAGGUGCUCGCCGUGGGUGGGCCCCCAUCGACGGUCUACCCCAGCCCGGUCCUACUGGUCUCGACCUGCUACGCCAGUUUUGCACGAAAGGCUCGGUUGCCUGUCAUCUCCCAUUUCUGCAACCGGUCCACCGACGGAGAGAGCGAGCUAACCUUCGAGCAACACCUGAUCGCCCUUGCCUACAGUUUGAUUCGACAGUUAAUAGAAUAUCUGCCUCCGGUCGUCGAAAGCCAUGCCGGGUGCAAUCUGAGUGCGGAGCGGUUCAAACCACUAAAUGGCACCCUCACCUCGUGGAAGGAGGUGCUCUCGCUGAUUGAUAUACUGCUCCACUUUGCCCCGCCGCUGCUGGUCUGUGUGAUCCAUGGGCUGGAUAUCAUCCAGGACGCGUCGACCGAUCAGCAGAUUCGCUCGCUGGUCCGGAUCCUCCUAACGCACACCCACCACCAGACGGUGCUGAUGCCGAACGGGGCGCAGAGCCAAAGUGUGCUGCUGAAAGUCCUGUUCACCGUUGCUGGACGCCCGAGCUCGUUGGUGGAGACACUGUCGGAGAACCAGCUGAUCUUGCGGGAGUCGAACGAAACGGAGGAGCUGGCGACCGAGACGGCCCUUAACCCCGACGUGGGGGUCGUGAUGAUGAAUGCAUAA